UAUAGUUAUACAUUAUCGGUGCAUUGCGCAGCUUUUUUACUACAUGUAACACUGCGUGACGACUCCUACAAGAGUUACGGAAUCCCGGUGCUGUUCUUUGUAGUUACAUCAUUUACGCUUUUUGAAGUUAAAAUACAUGGAGUCAACUCUAGAAAAAAAGAAUGUAAAAACAAAAGGCGAAAUAGACGCACAAAAAAGAAAUAAAAAAUUGUAAGAAACAGACUUGUAAUUACACCUUCUACACUUAAAGUGAAGUAAAUAUAUGAUUAGACAUUGGAGAGAGAAGGAAGAAAGAUAGAAAAUGCAACUGCAAGAUACAAUACCGUACAAACUUGUUGGUACGCAUGCGCAGCUUCUUCUCUGCUUACUUCAAGCGGCAGUCAAGAUCGGUCAAGAUGACGUUUUUCCGUGUCCUUUAAUUUUCUUCAAUUUUUUUCAAAAUGAUUACGUAUGUCGUUUGGAUCAUUAUCGCGUCUCUGAUAUGUGAAAACUGUGUGGCUAUCGAUGGUACGCUUGUAAACAUUAACAAAUACUGCAGAGAUAGAAAUCGAUUGAUCACGUCUGAGGAGAAUGACGAGUACUUGCUUAUCGGUGCCGAAAAUAAAACGAAUAUUAUGCUGGCCUGUCGCUACUGCAAUGAGCAUGAAGAGUCUCAACCAAAAAUUUGGUAUUAUCAAGAUCGAUAUCGAGAAAAACUGGAAAGAGAAGUUGAAUUGGAAAUGGACAAUAACAUUUCAUAUAGUAGAAUCUACACAACACCAGAUCUUUCUCUGGUUGUGAAAAGCUUUACAGCUGCCGACGCUGGUAUUUAUCAAUGCCAUGGCAAAGAAGGACAAGAGAAAGAAAACAAAUAUAAUUACAGAAUUGAACCAAUUCUCAAAGAUAUUGGCAGCGAGUUUGUAGAAAAGGGUAACAUAACUGAAUGGGAAAAGUAUCGCGAAAUAUAUUUGUUGCCUGUCACUAUGAGAUUUGCAGUCUCAAAGAUGACAGAUUUAGCAGAAAUCCGUGAGGAAGGAGUAAUCCUUCAGGUAGUGUCAGAAUGGGGUCCUUGGAGCUCGUGCAAAGAAUGUAUGGACAAUCGCGGUAUUAAAACUACUAGGGGCUAUUGUAGAUUAAAGCGCAACAUAAAUUCGACGAUGAUAGAGAAAAAUGAUUCAGUCGUUAUUCGCUUCUUCAGAGGCUCCCCAAUGCUUCCUUGCAAAUCUAGUCUGCUUCAAAAUGAAUUUCCUAGCAUUAGCCGUGUCGUACGAUAUUUGCCAGAAUUUAUUUUAACGGAACCUUGCAAAAAAUGUCCACUUGUAAAGAAAAAGAGAAGGGGCGAUAAGUUUCGUUACGCCAAACGAUAUGUUCUUGCUGAAGGCGCGCAUCUCACUAUAGCUUGUCCAGAAUCGAGCACAACAUCGCAAGUAAUUUGGAAAAAGGAUGCGCUCACUUUGAAGAAGGGAAUGGGUCAGUCAUUUCGUAAAAAAGAUAAGGAAACUCGAGUUAUGAUAGAUACUUUCUCAACUCUUUAUUUAACAGACGUGUCCAAAGAAGAACAAGGUAACUAUACCUGUUACAUGGAUAACAUUAAUAUGAUGCGUCUUAAAAUUGUUGUCGUAUCUAAAGCUCGACUUUUGACGCAAGCUUUUUUUCGUCAUUUGGGCUAUCUAGGAUUUAUAAUUUUCUUGACUUUACUCUGCUAUUGCGGGGGUAUAAUAAUAACCUGUCGUCAAAGAGACAAAUUUCAACCCUUGCCGCAAGAUGAUCCUUUCCAAGAAGAAAUUGACUCUUAAUGCUAAUAAAGUAAAUUAUCUUGAUCAAUUUUAUUGAAAUUAAUAAUUGCAUUAUAUUAUUUUAAUUGGAUUAAUUUUUUUAUCUUAGAGACUAAUAAUUUUUCUGUAAAUAUUUUCUCAAUUUUAACAUGUUUAAUUUAAUAUUUAACAAAAAAAAAUUCAAGAAAAUAUUAAAAUAUUUCUGGUUAACGCAAUUAAUUGUAUGUUUUUAUUGCACAUGUAAUUAUAUAUUUUUAAUAUUAAAUAGUGGAUGAAUCUUUGAAUUAAUGUCAGAGUAUUGUACGAUCAGUUUUAUCGGUUGAGAAUAAUUUACGAGAUUUCGUAGCUUCGCAUUCCUUCGAUCCAAUCUUCUUCACGCUGUGACCUUAAAGUCGAGUGAAAGGGGGAACUGGUAGAGACAGCUACAAGGCAUACGUAUCCGUCUUCAGACAGUUACGUUUAGUUCCAAAAUGGCUGUGUUUUAUCGUAACUCCCGGCUCGUUGUCUACAGUGUUCGUUAACGGGCUAAUAGACCUCGAUCACGAAAAGACUGAACCAAAAUUAAAA